CUGAAAUGAAGACUCCAAAGCGUAGGCAGCCCUUUGUACCCUUUGCCCUGAGGAAUCACACUGGCUGCACCCUGUGGUUUGCCACCCUGACCACAACCCCGACCCGGGCUGCACUGUCUCACAGUGGGAGUCCAGGUGUGGUUCCUGAGGAAAACGGGACAUUGCUGGAUGAUGCCCAUAAUGUCAGUGAAUGGCAAGAAGUUAUCACUGGGGAGGAAAUGCCAUUUGAGUUUGAAGCCAGAGGAAAACUCAGACACAGGCACACACAUGAUCUACGAAUUCAUCAGCUGCAAGUGAGAGUGAAUGGCUGGGAAGAAGUUAGUCCAGUGUCUGUGGACAAAGUUGGAACCUUUUUCCGAUAUGCUGCCCCGGAUAAGAACUCCUCCUCAUCUACUUUUUCUUCAUUGCCUCCAGUUCGUGUGGUGUUUGAAGUCACCAUGGAGGGCAGUGCCCGGAAGGUGAUCACAGUGCGCUCGGCCUUGAUCGUGAAGAACAAGCUGGAAACACCAAUGGAGCUCAGGCUGGACAGUCCUUCUGCCCCUGACAAACCUGUAGUUCUUCCAGCAGUUAUGCCAGGAGAUUCCUUUGCUAUUCCAUUGCACCUCACAUCUUGGCGAUUGCAAGCCAGGCCUAAAGGAAUGGGAGUGUUUUUCUGCAAGGCUCCAAUUCACUGGACUAAUGUUCAGAAGACAGCAGAGGUGUGUAGCAGCAAGAGGGAGUGUCACUCCAUGGAGUCUGAAAACAGCAGAUUUUUCAGGUUCUGUGUGGCCAUAAAGAAAGAGAACUACCCUGAUUACAUGCCUUCCAGCAUAUUCUCGGACAGUGCCAAGCAGAUUUUCAGACAGCCUGGGCAUACUAUUUACCUCUUGCCAACAGUGGUAAUCUGCAACCUGCUCCCUUGUGAGCUUGAGUUCUAUGUGAAGGGUUUGCCCAUCAGUGGGACACUGAAGCCUGGCAAAGAGGCAGCUCUGCACACAGCUGAUACAUCUCAGAACAUUGAGCUGGGGGUGUUGCUAGAAAACUUCCCAGUGUGCAAAGAGCUGUUGAUUCCCCCUGGGACACAGAACUACAUGGUGCGGAUGCGACUGUAUGAUGUCAACAAACGACUGCUAAACCUGACCAUCAGGAUCGUGUGUCGUGCUGAAGGCUCUCUGAAAAUACUCAUCUCUGCUCCAUAUUGGUUAAUCAACAAAACAGGUUUACCAUUGAUCUUCAGGCAAGAUAAUGCAAAAACAGAUGCUGCUGGUCAGUUUGAAGAGCAUGAGCUUGCUAGGAGCCUCAGCCCACUGCUAUUCUGUUAUGCUGAUAAAGAACAGCCAAACUUCUGUACAAUGCGGGUUGGAAGAGGGAUCCAUCCUGAAGGAAUGCCUGGCUGGUGCCAGGGCUUCUCCCUGGAUGGUGGCAGUGGUGUCAGAGCCCUUAAGGUGAUCCAGCAUGGAAACAGGCCAGGCCUCAUCUAUAACAUUGGUAUUGAUGUGAAGAAAGGCAGAGGGCGAUACAUUGACACCUGCAUGGUCACCUUUGCUCCUCGGUACCUGCUGGACAACAAGUCAAGCUACAAAUUGGCCUUUGUUCAGAGGGAAUUCGCCAGAGGUCGGGGAGCAUCCAAUCCUGAUGGCUAUAUCUCCACCCUGCCUGGCUCCAGCGUCGGGUUCCACUGGCCACGGAACGAUUAUGAUCAGCUGUUGUGUGUGAGGCUGAUGGAUGUCCCAAACUGCAUCUGGUCUGGGGGCUUUGAGGUCAACAAAAAUAACUCAUUCCACAUUAAUAUGAGGGACACCCUGGGAAAAUGUUACUUCUUAAGAGUAGAAAUUACCCUCCAAGGAGCCACUUACCGCAUUGCCUUCAGCGACACCGACCAGCUGCCGCCGCCUUUCCGCAUCGACAACUUCUCCAAGGUCCCAAUUGUGUUUAACCAGCACGGGGUUGUGGAGCCCAGGCUGUACACUGAGGUGAAGCCCCUGACCUCUCUGGAUUAUGCAUGGGAUGAACCUGUUCUGCCACCUUUCAUCAUGCUGACAGUGAAAGGCGCAGGCUCCUCAGAAGUUGUCUGCAGCAUGAAUGAUUUCCAAGACAGCAAACAGCUUUACUAUGAAAACUUCAUCUAUAUUGCUGCUACUUACACUUUCUCAGGUUCACAGGAGUCAAGUGUGAGACCAGUUGCUUCAAAUAAGGAUGUUGCAAAUGCAGAACUUGUCCUUGAUGUUUCUUCAAAGACUCAGAGAGUUAUGCUGAAAAAGAAGGAGCCAGGAAAGCGAUCCCAGCUCUGGAGAAUGACAGACACAGGAAUGCUUUGCCAUGAAGGGUCUUCAGUUCCUCACAACCCUCAUAAACCUUCUCCUCGCUCUGGGGACUCCUGUAUGAUUUUGGACAUCGCAGGCCUGGCAGCUGUCACAGACAACAGGUAUGAGCCCUUGAUGCUGAGGAAACCUGAUCGGCGGCGCAGCACCACCCAGACAUGGAGCUUCCGGGAUGGAAAGCUGACCUGUGGCAUUCAUGGGCUUGUUGUCCAGGCAAAGGGAGGAGUAGCUGGUCUUCAUGAUGGAGCAGAAGUUGUUCUAGGUCCUGAUACUUCACUUGAACUUUUGGGGCCAGUUCCACCUGAACAGCAGUUCACAAACCAAAAGAUGAGGCCUGGCUCAGGAGUACUGGCUGUGAGAGUCAUCCCAGAUGGGCCAACUAGGGUUCUGCAGAUAACUGAUUUUAACCAGCGCAGAAAUGAUCGUUUGUCCAGUGAAGGAGAUGAACUUGCAGUUACAGAACAAGAUCUGCGCAAGCUAAAAAAUCCAGAGACAGAGCAAGAACUGGAAGUGCUUGUGAAACUGGAAGGUGGAAUAGGAUUGUCUUUGGUCAACAAAGUCCCUGAAGAGCUUGUGUUUGCAAGCCUCACAAGGAUUAAUGUCCACUACACACAGCUGGCAACAAGUCAGGUGCUAGAGCUCAGUGUGCAAGACAUACAGGUGGACAACCAACUCAUUGGCACCACACGACCUUUUAUGCUCUUCCUGACACCCAGGAUCAGUGAGAAUGAGCCCGUGGAGACUGGCCCUGCUGUGCAAGUCAAUGCCAUGAAAUUUCCCAGUAAAAAUGCACUGACUGAUAUAUACAAGCAUCUGAUGAUCACUGCCCGAAAGUUCACAGUUCAAAUUGAGGAGAAACUACUGCUGAAGCUCUUGAGUUUCUUUGGCUAUGACCAAUCUGAAUCAGAGGUGGAGAAGUAUGAUGAAAACCUCCACGACAAGGCUGUGGAACAAGGUGGAGGACAGAAGAGAUACUACUUUGAAAAUCUGAAAAUCAGUGUGCCUCAAAUCAAGCUGAGUGUCCUCACUUCCAACAAGCUCCCUUUGGAUCUCAAGGCAUUGAAGAGCACAUUGGGGUUCCCUCUGAUCCGGUUUGAGGACGCUGUGAUUAACCUGGAUCCUUUCACUCGGGUCCAUCCGUAUGAAACUCAGGAAUUCAUCAUUAAUGACAUUCUGAAACACUUCCAGGAGGAGCUGCUUAGCCAGGCAGCAAGGAUUCUGGGUUCUGUGGAUUUCCUUGGCAACCCCAUGGGUCUAUUGAAUGAUGUUUCAGAAGGUUUUUCUGGACUUAUAAAGUAUGGCAACGUGGGUGGCCUCAUCAGGAACGUCACACAUGGAGUGUCCAACUCUGCUGCAAAGUUUGCUGGGACCUUGUCGGAUGGGUUGGGAAAGACCAUGGACAACAGACAUCAGACGGAACGGGAAUACAUCCGAUACCACGCGGCAACCAGUGGAGAGCAUCUUGUGGCUGGAAUCCAUGGACUCGCUCAUGGUAUCAUUGGAGGAUUGACAAGUGUCAUAACCUCAACAGUGGAAGGUGUGAAAACAGAAGGAGGAGUCAGUGGUUUCAUAUCUGGCCUGGGGAAGGGGCUGGUGGGCACAGUCACCAAACCUGUGGCAGGAGCACUGGAUUUUGCGUCGGAAACGGCACAGGCAGUGAGGGACACCGCGACCCUGAGCGGCCCCAGGACCCAGGCGGAGCGGGUGCGGAAGCCACGGUGCUGCAGGGGCCCCCAGGGGCUCCUGCCUCGCUACCUGGAGAGCCAAGCAGAGGGUCAGGAGCAGCUGUUCAAGCUGACAGACAACAUCCAGGAUGAAUUCUUCAUAGCAGUGGAGAACAUUGACAGCUACUGUGUUCUCAUCUCCUCCAAAGCUGUGUACUUCCUGAAGAGUGGGGACUACACAGACCGUGAGGCUAUUUUCCUCGAGGUCAAGUAUGAUGAUCUCUACCACUGCCUCGUCUCCAAGGACCAUGGCAAUGUCUACAUCCAGCUGACCAAGAAGGCAGUGAACACGAGCAGUGGGGUAGCCAUGCCAGGCCCCUCCCAGCAGAGACCCAUGGUGAAAGUGAAAUCGGAAGCUCUGGCAGUAAAGCUGUCUCAAGAAAUCAACUAUGCAAAGAGCCUUUAUUAUGAGCAGCAGCUGAUGCUGAGACUCAAUGAAAACCAAGAACAACUCGAGCUGGACUCUUGA